AUGGCUUUCACCUUCUUUCUUGCUGCAGUUCUUGCAUCCGUCGUCCUUGGUCAGACGGCAGUCGUCACCACCUAUUCCACCUCCGCUGAGCCUGGCGACAGUAACGUACAGUACACACUCGGAUCGAGUGGCUUUGAUGCCCCCAAGAUCGAUUUCUUCAAUGCGACUUCAGCGCAAUGGUGGUACUUCGACGUAGUGUCAACCGAUCUCAAGCAGUCUGUGGUCAUCUCAUUCCUAGGCAAUGCCCCUGGUGCUUCCGACGUCCCGGCUGGCACGAUUCCAUUCAAUUUCAUUGAAGUAAAUAUCCAGUUGCCCAACGGUAACUUGGUCGCAUUGUCGGCAGCCGCAGAGGACAUCACCAUCACAACUGUUGGAAAUAGCGCGUCCGGAGUUAUGAAUGGUGCAGGAUACAGCUGGUAUCAAGCACCGGACCUGGCGAAUAUCCUUCUCAAUUUCAACGACACUGUGAAUGGUCUGUCAGGUAGCAUACAGUUCAACUCGGAUGCCCCUCCUCACGCACCUUGUGGACCGCCCAUUACCGGCGCUUCACUAGAGAUUGUUCCCCACCUCGGCUGGGGAAAUUCCAUGCCGGAUUCAUUAGCAUCAGUUAACCUCAACUACAAUGAUCAGCCCAUCACCUAUCAGGGACGUGGAUAUCAUGAUACCAACUGGGGAAAUCGUGCAUUUGGCGCAAGCAUCAACAGCUGGUAUUGGGGCCAUGCACGUCUGGGACCUUAUUCAGUUGUUUGGUUUGACGUUGUCGACAUCAAUGGUGUCGAGCACCAAACCGGGUAUGUCGCCUCCAAUGGAACCGCUAUCGCCGACUCUUGCGGGGCCACACCUGUUCGCCCAACCGGAGCAAAUUCCGCUUAUCCACCUAUUCCGGGUUUGCUUCCCACCGGAUUCCAUAUCGUCUACGACAUGGGCAGUGCGGGCGUCAUGGAAUUGAACGUUACAAACUAUCAAGCCGUUGUGAACUAUCCUGGCCUGCACACAAGGUGGGUGGGAAGCGUUGUUGGUGGCAUUCAGGGGCAAACGACUUACACGGGAGUCGGUUUAUACGAGGAGAUGGCUUGA